UUUAAAAUUAUAUGAAGGCUUCAAUAGUUUUCGACUUUGAUGUGAUUACUUUUUGGGUUCUCUCUAAUCUCUCUUGACAGAUGUCGUAAUUUCUCGGAAUAAUCAGGACCUCCCACAACAAGGAUCAGUAGAAAAUACCAGGGUAUCAAUCCCGGGGUUUUAUUCUCGUGUUCAUUCAGAGGCCCUCCCAUGUCCAAGGUAGAUGAAAGAGAAAAACAUGCUAUUCGGAAUCGACUCCGGUCGUCACUUAUGCGAAGGAUUCAAAAGACUGCCGGAAACGGCAAUAAUAUUACCACCGACAACCACCUGCCAACCAAACUUCCCGGUCUUGCGAGAAAGAAAACACUAUCAAUGGACCAGGUGUCUACUCAAACCCUUGUGCAGAAGACUGCGCAAUUCAAUGGUCGGGGAAACGAAACCAAGAACAUGCAGUCUCUUCCAGUGCCUCUACAAAAAAGCCACAAUAGACCUAAAGAACGCGAAGCAACCACCCCAAUAAAACAGUCUACCAGAACAAAGAGGGCAAUUAGUGACAGUAAAAAACAAAGAAAUGCAUGCGAAGGAAGCAUUCCAAGAAAAUGUUCCGAAGUAUCACGAGUGAAUGCGCCGUGGUCUCCCAGAAAACGAGCUGGUGACUCAGGGAAGAAAAUCCUAUAUUCCACAAGCAAUCCAGUCAAACAAGCUGUAGUUAUAGAUAAACACGAACCCAAGGAGCAUACAAAGGACGAAUCCCUAAAUGUUGGUAAGACUAUUUUGUUACCUGAAGCCCUGAAACAGAUUCUGAAGAAAGGACGACCAGAUGUGACCAGGUAUUCAGCGAAAACAGAUAACUCAGGCUGCAAGCAGAAAAGCCAUCAAAUGAUAAGACGCGACGAGGAGGCACCCAAGAAUGUCCUUAACAUGGCGUCGCUUCAUACAAGCAGCAUUAAUCAGACAGCAUCCGCUCAGACCACGAAGGAGCACAAGAUGGCGUCGGUUCAGCGCGAUGACCUAGACCUUGGGCCGACGCCGGAUUCUCCCAUGAUGCCAGGAAGUAAUGUCAACCUGUUUUGUCCGCUGUGCCAUGAGAUGUUUGCAAACCCGCGCCUGCUACCCUGUCUGCAUACGUUCUGCAAGCGUUGCUUGGAAAACCUCGUCCCGCCGCGUUCACACACGCUUUCCUGUCCCUCGUGCAGACUGGAUGUAGCUCUCGGUGAGAGAGGAAUAAAUGGCUUCGCGCCUAAUUUCGUCGUCACGACAAUGAUUGACGUGGCGGCGGUGCGUAACCAUGAUCAGAAGCCAAUCCUGUGCAGUAGCUGCGAGGAGAAGCUGCCCGCGGCUGCGCGCUGUAUAGAGUGUAUGGACUUCCUGUGUUACGACUGCCGCAAUGCACACAUGCGCCUUAGACUUACAAAGACACAUCGGGUUGUGUCUAUAGAAGAGCUGCGGUCCAGUUCUCACCCUGAAGACUUGUUGCACCGCCCAAUAUUCUGUUCCGAUCAUGGUCACGAAAAACUGAGGUACUUCUGCGAAUCAUGUGACCAGGCCAUCUGUCGUGAGUGCACCAUGACAACACAUUCAACCGCCAAUCACAAGUACACACAGCUGACGGAUACGAUUGAUAAGCAGACCAACUCCAUACAGACAUUGGUGGAGAAACUGCGAAGGAAGAUACCAGCAGUUGAGCAGUCCACCAAAGACGUUGAAGAGGUCACGUGUCGCCUAGAGGCUAGAGCCGAGGUUGCCAAGUCUGAGGUGCAGAAAUGCUUCCCUAGGAUUCUUAAGAUCUUGCAAGAUCGCGAGAAGAGCAUGAUGAACGAAGUCGAGUCGGUUGUUCGGCAGAAGUCCAACGUGCUAAGUAUGCAGCAAGAAAGAUUAGAGAACGAGCUCAAAAGGCUUAGCAUCACUUGUACUUUCACAGAACAAGUCCUUCGUCAUGGUAACUCGGUGGAAAUCCUUGUUGUUAAAAAGCAGCUUUGUGAGCGUCUCAACGAGCUUAUCACCGCCAAGUUUCAAGGCGAACCAGAGGAGAACGACAUAGUGUACUUCGUAGCAAACCAGGAGGAUGUCGUUAGAGCGAUUGAGGGACUUGGACAGAUCAAAACUAGCCAGGCGUUCCCCACGAUGUGCGCGGUGGCUGACAAUGUAAACCGUGCAUUCAGAGGAAAGAAGAGUCUGUUUUCUGUUCAAACACGCGAUCACCUAGGUAACCCGUGUUCGGGUGGUGGAGAAGACGUACUAGUCGAUGUGUACUCGGCAGAUGGUCGGACCGUGCCCGCUGAAGUAAGAUCUGACCCGACUACGGGGAGCUACUCCAAGCGCCUAAUUCACCACUCAAAUUUAUCGCCGACUGACUCCUGGUCUCAAGGCCGUGAAAAAGAAAGGUUUGGGCGAGAGAGCGGGACUCAACUUUAUGGACAAGAGAAAACUGUGGAAGAUAAUCGUAAUGGUACAUAUGGCGUAUCUUACACCCCGCAGAGCACAGGCAUGCACAAGGUCUCCGUUACAGUGCGUGACAAACACAUCCAGGGAAGCCCUUUCAAAGUGAACGUCAUGAACCCCGGCAGUGACUCCUUUGUUAAAUUCGGAAGAAAAGGCUCGGAUAUCGGAGAGUUUAACGGGAUAUUCGGGGUUGCUGUGGAUGACGAGGGGCGUAUUAUCGUGACAGACUGCCAUAAUCACCGCGUCCAGGUGUUCAACGCACAGGGGGCUUUCAUGUUCCAGUUUGGCCGCAAAGGGGAAGGGAGCGGCCAAUUCCAGUGUCCCACAGGCGUCGGGAUUGAUCCAGAGGGCAGGAUUGUGGUGUGCGAGAGACUCAGUCCGAGGAUACAGAUCUUUGACCGCGAUGGAAUGUUCCAGCAAAAGUUCCACGUGCCUGACCUGAAAGCUUCUACCCUAGCCGUAGACGAAAACCGAAGGAUCAUAGUGGCCGACUCGGCGAAUAGGUGCAUUCAUGUCAUAUCCCUGGACACAGGACAAUCAUUCAAAUUCGGUUCGUUUGGAGACGGUAAUGGCGAGCUCAGUUACCCGUGCUAUGUGGCCGUUAAUCCACAAGGCCAUAUCAUCGUAUCAGACAUGCAUAGUCAUCGCAUUCAGAUCUUCGAUUCAAGAGGUAGAUUCCUGUUUAAUUUUGGUCGCAAGGGAAGCCAAGAUGGCGAGUUGCAGAGGCCAACAGGGGUGGCCGUGAUGCAGAACGGGCACAUCAUCGUGGCCGACCGCGAUAACCACCGUAUCCAAGUGUUCAGCAGUGACGGGCGAUACUUCGCCAAGUUUGGCAGCAAAGGGGAGGGUGAUGGCCAGCUGAACGACCCGCAUGGACUGGCUCUGACACCAGACGGCAAUAUAUGCAUCGCUGACUUCCGAAAUAACAGGGUUCAAGUGGUUCCAGGCGGAAUUUUGUUACACUAAGGUUAUUAGACCUGUCCAAUGGUCAAAUCAAACUGCCACUGCUAAAAUAAAGACACGCUGUUACACGAGUGUUGAACUUGAAAUGGAUGGCAAAGCCUAUCAGGGUAAUUCUCCAUUGGAGGAGAAGCUUGAAUAACAGCACAUACUAAUUUGUUUUUCAUGCACUCCUUCACAAACCGACGGCCGAGUGUGCCAUAAGGUUAAGCUUUCUUCGAGGUUCCUCACUACUAACGCAAGCAGCGCUGUAACAAUGGGUGUUAUGUGUUUCAGAAGUCUGAUGAGCUUCUCUAAUGGUGAUCUGUACAUUACUUCGCACGUGACCUAUCACAUGUUACCCCCACAUUUGUCAAACCAGCUUGUUCCAGUCAAAACGUUCAAUUGGAGCAUUUAUCUCGAAAUCCGGCUAUAUGGACAAGCUAAUCAUUAUGCUGGAUAGUGAAAUGGCAGUUUUCCUGAUUACUAUAUGAACGAAUACCGUGCUUGAAGGCAUUUCUUAAGACGCGAUAAAUGAAUGAAAACAUAGCCUAUGAGAUAUGUACUUAUUAUACAAUUGUAUGUAAUUUUUAUUUAUGAUAGGUAGGGUCUUAAAGUACUAAAUGCAGGAAAUACAAAGCAUUUUCUUUCAUAUUUUUCUUAUGCCUAGCUCGCAGUACCGCUCAAAUGAAACAAAACUCAGUAUUGUACCACGAGCUGGAAGGAAAUUACUUCAGAAACUGCCAGCUAAUAGGAACAAGAGCUACCCGCCUACGGGCCUGAAGUGCAAAGAGCGUGGAUUAAGGGUAGCACUGUCGCGAGUACCAAGGAAACGAGCUUCCAAUCACCUAUAGUAGGCUUUGUUUUUCUCUCUUGCUGCCUCCACAGCGCUCUUGUCCCACGCUGAUUCCUAUUGUAUUUAAAUAGCAUGGUUCCUGGCGUUCUCUUUGGGAUUCCUGUGUUGGCCGUGAGACUGGGGAGAGCCAUCCUGUGACGUCACAAUUUUAACCAACCACAGGGUAACCAAUGAAUAUCCCGGGUAAGAACGCCUUGAACUAGGCUGCAAAAAUUACAUAUACAGCCAUAAAAGUUUGCUAUGAAGUCCUGGGUAGGCAUGCAAAGACUAGAAAAUGAAGUAAAUCACACAGAUGUUAGGCUCCAUACAUUAGAUGAUUGAUCGUUAGCAUAGGACUUUUAAUUCAAAUCCACCCCACAUGAAAUCUAAUCUGAAAUUCUUCUCACUCUUAAUUAAAGAAGUAUACAUACCAAUUUGUAAAUCCCGAAAAGCCAGAUGGAGAUUUGUGUGGAAUUAACUGCAUUCACUGGAGUAGAGACUGAGGUUGUUAUUGAAUAGUGGUAUAAUAGUACGUGAGUGUCGCUUGUUAAGGGAUGCGUUGCACACGUUUGUAUGACUUGAGAAAGUAAAAGGAUGCGUUCGUUUGAA